AUGGAGGAUCUUUACGACGAGUUCGGUAACUACAUCGGCGAGGCCGACUCCGAUGAGGAGCAAAAUGAGCAGGUCCCGCCGGCCUUCAAGUUCGACGAAGCUUUUGAGGACGAAGAGGAGGACGGAGAAGAUGUGAACAAUGAGCAGCUUAUGGAGGUCGAUGAGGGACCUUCAAACGCCGUCAUUCUGCACGAGGACAAGCAAUACUACCCGAGCGCAUCACAAGUCUAUGGUGCCGAUGUCGAGACACUAGUUCAAGAAGAAGAUGCGCAGCCUCUGUCGGAACCGAUCAUCGCGCCCGUCCAGCAGAAGAAAUUUGCGAUCGCUGAAACUGAGCUCCCACCCGUCCAUUUUUCUCGGGAAUUCAUGACAGAUUUGCUGAACUUCCCCGAGCAAAUAAGGAAUGUUGCACUUGUGGGCCAUUUGCACCAUGGUAAAACCGCGUUCAUGGAUAUGUUGGUGAGACAGACACACGACUUGACGGAACGGUUGGAAAAGCGCAUCGGCAAGCGCAAGGAGGAACAAUUGCGGUACACCGAUGUUCACUUUCUGGAGCGCGAGCGUGGUCUCUCUGUGAAAUCGGCCCCCAUGAGCUUGGUUCUUCAAGGGACCAAAGGCAAAUCUCAUCUUCUCAACAUCAUCGACACCCCCGGACACGUGAACUUCGUGGACGAGGUGGCCGCGUCCAUCCGCCUUGCUGAUGGUGUUGUCCUCAUCGUGGAUGUUGUAGAAGGCGUUCAGGCGAAUACCGAGCAAAUCAUCAAGCAUGCCGUGCUAGAAGACAUUCCCAUGACCCUGGUCGUUAACAAGAUGGAUCGGCUCAUCCUGGAUCUGAACCUGCCACCCAAUGACGCUUACUUCAAGCUGAAACAUGUGAUUGAAGAAGUCAAUACUGUCAUUGAGAAUGUUCUGCCCGGUCAGGGUGAAAAACGUCGCCUGAGUCCCGAGAAGGGAAAUGUUGCUUUUGCAUCUAGCUCCAUGAACUGGUGCUUCACCCUACAGUCCUUCACUCGGAUGUACGCAGAUACCUAUCCCCGACUGGAUUCUGCGGAGUUUGCCGCGCGGCUCUGGGGCGAUAUCUUCUACAAUCCCCGGAGCAGGAAAUUUACUCGCAAGGGAGUAGAAGAAAACUCCAAACGGGGUUUCGUGAAGUUUGUCUUGGAACCAAUCUACAAGCUGUACUCCCACACGAUCAGUGAGAGUCCUGAGGACCUUAAGGAAACUCUGGCUUCCGUGGGCGUGAGCCUGAAGCCAACGCAGUUGAAAUCGGAUGCGAAGGAUCUUCUCAACCUUGUUUGCGAGCAAUUCUUCGGACCUCCUACCGGGUUCGUCGAUCUGGUGGUCCAGCACGUCCCCUCCCCAGUCGAUGGAGCCCAGAGAACUUUGGAACGGUACUAUACUGGCCCGCUGGACUCGAAGGUUGCAGCCUCCAUGUCAGCUUGCGAUCAAGAUGGACCCCUUGUGGUACAUGUGACCAAGCUUUUCAGCAGCACGGACGCUACUGGUUUCAACUCCUUCGGAAGGAUUCUCAGCGGCACAGCUCGUCCCGGUCAGCAAGUUCGCGUCCUCGGUGAAGGAUAUACCCCUGACGACGAGGAAGAUAUGGUCCUCGCGACCAUUUCAGACACGUGGAUUGCCGAGACUUGUUACAAUAUCCCAACAGAUGGCGUUCCUGCCGGCAACUGGGUUCUAUUGGGUGGUGUGGAUAACUCCAUCGUCAAGACUGCGACUUUGGUUCCGAUGAAGCUUGAGGAUGAUGAAGAGCCAUAUAUCUUCCGACCCAUUCGGCACAUCACCGAGUCUGUUUUCAAGGUUGCAGUUGAGCCCGUCAACCCCUCCGAGUUGCCCAAGAUGCUGGAUGGUUUGCGCAAAAUCAAUAAAAGCUACCCUCUAAUCUCAACCAAGGUUGAGGAGUCUGGUGAACACGUCGUGCUGGGCACAGGCGAGCUUUACAUGGAUUGUGUGCUGCACGAUCUCCGUCGACUGUACUCUGAGAUGGAAAUCAAGGUUUCUGAUCCAGUUACCCGUUUCUGUGAGACCGUCGUCGAGACCUCUGCAAUUAUGUGCUACUCUAUCACUCCCAACAAGAAAAACAAGAUCACCAUGAUUGCCGAGCCUCUGGACGAUGGGAUUGCUGAAGAUAUCGAAAGCGGCCGGGUUAGCAUUAAGGACCCUAUCCGGAAGGUCGCUCGUUACUUCGAAGACAAUUAUGACUGGGAUAAACUGGCGGCUCGCAGUAUCUGGGCAUUCGGGCCCGAUGAAAUGGGUCCCAACAUUCUCCAAGACGACACUCUCCCGUCGCAGGUGGAUAAGAAGCUUCUCGGAACCGUUCGAGAUUCGAUCACACAGGGCUUUAGCUGGGGCACUCGGGAAGGCCCUCUUUGUGAAGAACCCAUCCGAAACACCAAGUUCAAACUCACCGAUGUGUCUCUUGCCGAGCAAGCAAUUUACCGAGGGGGUGGCCAGAUCAUUCCGACCGCUCGUCGUGCUGUCUACUCUUCAUUCUUAAUGGCAUCUCCGCGUCUUAUGGAGCCGGUCUAUUCGGUCUCGAUGAUUGGUCCCUCUGACGCAGUUGCCUCGGCCUACACCGUCCUUUCACGCCGGCGUGGACACGUCUUGUCGGACGGCCCUAUUGCGGGAACACCUCUGCAAUCUGUGCGUGGGUUGAUACCAGUUAUUGACUCAUUCGGCUUUGAAACAGAUCUUCGCAUUCAAACUCAGGGUUCGUCCAUGGUCAGUCUGGCUUUCGACAAGUGGAGUGUGGUUCCUGGUGAUCCGUUGGAUCGCGAUGUCAAGCUGAAGCCUCUCGAGAUGGCUGGUGCCAUGGCCACCGCUCGCGAUUUUGUUCUCAAGACGCGACGUCGUAAGGGAUUGGCGGAGGAUGUUACUGUCAGUAAAUUCCUGGAGCCUGAGCUGUGGAAGGGAUUGAAGGAGAGCGGCGUUCUGGACUCAUGA